ACUUGCUCCCCCAGAGCCCCGGCUGGGGAUGUCAUACCCAUCAGGUUCGGAAGCCCAAGCCAUGGUAGAGGCCACGGGGCAGGGCCCCAAGAACCCACGAGUGUCCAGUGUGAUGGUCCAGCUGGAGAUGAAGCCCCUGUGGGAAGAAUUCAACCAGCUGGGCACCGAAAUGAUUGUCACCAAAGCUGGACGGAGGAUGUUCCCUACCUUCCAGGUGAAGAUCUUGGGCAUGGACACCUUGGCUGACUAUGCCCUGCUCAUGGACUUCAUCCCUCUGGAUGACAAAAGAUACAGGUAUGCCUUCCACAGCUCUGCCUGGCUGGUGGCAGGCAAGGCCGAUCCUGCCACACCUGGCAGAGUGCACUUCCACCCUGACUCACCAGCCAAGGGCGCCCAGUGGAUGCGUCAGAUCGUGUCCUUUGACAAACUCAAGCUGACCAACAACCUGAUGGACGACAACGGCCAUAUCAUUCUCAACUCCAUGCACCGUUACCAGCCCCGUUUCCACGUGGUCUUCGUUGACCCACGCAAGGACAGUGCCCGCUACGCCCAGGAAAACUUCAAAUCCUUUGUCUUCACAGAGACCCAGUUCACAGCAGUGACAGCCUAUCAGAACCACAGGAUCACACAGCUGAAAAUUGCGAGCAAUCCCUUUGCCAAAGGCUUCAGAGAGAGCGACCUGGACUCAUGGCCUGUGUCCCCAAGGCCACUGCUCAGCAUCACAGCCCGGAGUCGUAACAACUUUGGUCCCUGCCUCCUUAAGGGUUCGGCAGAACGAGAGAAAGAAGCCAGUAAAGCUUCAGCUUUCGACUCCAGGACCCCUACCCAGCCGCACCAUCAGCUGCUGCCCGCCCCAGAGGUCCUGCUGGCCCCUGCCACCUACAGGCCUUUCCCUUACCAGGACCUGUACCCUGGAGCCCCUGGCCACAUUGGAAUCCCAAGGGCUCGGCUGGCACCGUACCCUCUCCCCAACAUCGGCCCUGAUGGAGAUCAGGAAGACCCAACCCUCCCAGGCAAGCUGGGGCUCCUAUCCUCCUCUGCCUUGUGCUUGGAACCUAGCCAACACUCCCAGUGA